CACAAAUGUCAGUCAACACGGGGCAGCAACACACACUACUACAGAGGCCUCCGUCAGUACACACACACUAUCCUGAAGAGUUCACCAGCCAGCAACAUGCGGAUGACCUUACUAACGAGCUUGACCCUCCUAGCCUUAUUAGUGGUUAGAGGUCAGGCCAGGAUGGUCAAGAUUAUCUACCCGCAUUUCAGAGUGGCUCCACAAAACGAGCCUAACUACCCGCCCAACAGAGUGGCUAUGCAGAAUGACCCUAACUACAGCUACGACCUGAACUACGACUAUGAAUUAACAGGGGGAAGCAGCCAGAGAGCCCCGCGACGCAUGGCUGCCGAAGAGCCACUGAGCCACUUCUCUGACGACCACAACUACGACUACACUUACGGCGACCAUAACUACGACUACGACACUCAAGAUGGCAGGGACAGUGAUGGAGGCAAUAACAUACAUCCACCACCACCACCACGACCCGUCAUGACCACCACGCUAGACGACUACAACGACUCUGUCUAUGCCCUGCCCGCCCCAGAAGAUGGUCACCCCGAGGAGGAGGACAAGGUGGUCGAGGACGAGGUGUUGGAGGACAAGGUGGAGGACGAGGUGGUUGAGGACAAGGUGGAGGACGAGGUGGAGGAGGACGAGGUGGAGGAGGACGAGGUGGUGGAGGACAAGGAGGUGGAGGACAAGGUGGAGGACGACGUGGAGAAUAAAGACGACACGAGGUCAAUCUCCCCUUCCGCCGUCAUUUCCUGGUUUGCGUCUCAGUGGGUGACGGCUAAGGACAAGGUACAUAACAUGGUACAAGAGAUCAGAGAGGUGAAGAACAGCCUGACGCGGUACAUGUAUGACAUAGCGGACCUAGUGAAGCGGGGAGCUGACUAUUGUGUGCAGAAGUUGAGGAUGGCGACACGAGUGCUUGACGGCCAUGCAUCACAAGCGUUGGACAAACUGGAGGGCCAGCUGACGAAUGGCAACGAGAAGGUGGUGGCCAUCUUCAAGCUGAUUGGCGGCCAGGUUGAUGAGUGGACUCGACGUCACCAGCGGCAGGAGGAGGAGGGCGUGGCAGGUCGUGCAAGAGGCGCAGAAGGGGACAUGGACGAAGCAGUGGUAACAUCAAAUCGCGUGUCUCAAUACCGUCGUGGUGGUUGGGAGGGCCCGAGGGUGGAGCAGAGGGAGGGCCCGAGGGUGGAGCAGAGGGAGGGCCCGAGGGUGGAGCCGAGGGAUGAAAACCGCCCUCAACAGGAAGUCAAUAUGAUGCCCAACUUUUUCCUGGAGAAAGAGGUGGUAGAAAAGUUGGGUGAGCUGGUCCAAGACGGUGUUCUGACCCCGGAGGACGUGGAGGCUGUGCUCACGAUCCAGUAACUACUGACGAAGGGAGGGGGGGGGGGGACUUCUUCAGGCAGGUCCUCAAUAGGUUAUGAGUGUGGUGUUGUGAGUGAGGUGAAAAUAACAAACAAAAAGACUUGUAUAAUUAUACUUUGUUGAAGACCAUAAUAACUGACCAAUAAACUAACAUUAUUUUA